UGCACCUCGAAUAACGCAAAGAUUCAUUUACUAGUGAUCAUGUCCAUAAGUUCUUGCUAGACAUGCCUUAGUUACUUUAGUUAGUAUGUAAAUCAUAAUGAUCCAGCGAAUAUUGGCACCUAUGUUACGAAGGUACCUGUCAUAUUUGACUAAUGUAUAGAAAAAUGGCAAAUAACUUUAUGUGACAUUGUCCCAAAUCAGUUUCGUAUUGUUUUUUGUGGGUCAGUCUUUGUUAAUAUUUUUGGAAAGGCACAUGGUGCUGUGGUGAUUCGUUUUCCGGAAGCUUUGGUCUUGAGGUUUUUCUGUGCUCUCUUGAGAUGGAUUUCCAAUUACAACCGAUUCUUGUUUCUCCACUCCACACUCUCGCGUAACUCAGAUUUCACCUCAGGAAGUGGGUAGCUUCACACUCACAGUUGUCUCAAAAGCUACCAACAACAAGAUGAAGAAACAUUGGUUUCCACCCCUACUGUUUUUUGCAGUUAUGGGUCUGGGUAAUCCCCAAGAAGAUCAAGAUCGCCCUUGCAUUCCACGGGAUUUCGGAAGAGGAAGUAUUGUUUGUGUCUGCAAUUCUACGUACUGCGACUUCGCCAGUGUGAAGCUUCUCAGCCCUCACGACAACGCCACUGCUGCCACCGAAAUUUAUGGACAAUCCCAAUUUAUGGGCCUCCCUGUACAAGUGUGGACUUCUUCCAAAACGGGUUCCCGCUUUCAUAAAUCCAUUAUCUACUUCAACCAAGAGCUCGCUGACGAACCAGUUGUUUACGAUUCGCAACACUUUCUCAGUCCCACCGACAGCAAGUCUCUUCAUAAUAGAGGGAAGAGCCCUGCACGAAAUAACGGAUUCUCAUUUUUUCAGAGAUUUGCAGAAAUAAGUGGACUUCAGCCAUAUUUAAAUGAAGCUCAUGAAUUUACGGACGCCGUAACAGCAAAAUAUGCCCCUCCACUAAAUGAGAUCAACUUAUUUCGUUACGUUGCGGACUUUCCUCGACCCAACAGGCUGACCAAGUUCACCAUUCGGCAGGAUGUUCAAUACCAAAAAGUCUUGGGGAUAGGCGCAGCAUUCACAGAUGCUGCUGGAAUCAACAUUGCGUCAUUAAGUAGGGAUACACAAGAGAACCUUAUGAAGUCAUAUUUCGGCCGGAGUGGGAAUAACUAUUCAAUGGGGAGGGUGCCAAUGGGUGGGACCGAUUUCUCUACUCGUCCCUACACGCUCGAUGACAUGGUAGAUCACUUGGGUGGGACGGAUCUGAACCUCACCGCAUUUGCCCUCCAGCCCGAAGACUUCAAACUCAAAAUUCCUUAUAUUCGAUGGGCUGAAUCAAUUAGGAAUGAAUCCUUAAAAUUGGUUGCAUCUCCCUGGAGUGCACCUGCCUGGAUGAAGACUAACAACGACAUUAAGGGCAGAGGUGUACUGAAGACAGAAUACUACCAGUUGUGGGCCGAUUACUUUGUCAGAUUUCUUCGUGACUACCAAAAGGAGGGGAUAAACAUUUGGGGAGUAACGACGGGAAACGAGCCCCUGAAUGGGCUGAUUCCCGGAUGGCCGUUUAACUGUAUGGGUUGGAAGUCCAGUGAUAUGAAGAAAUGGAUUGCUACCAAUUUAGGACCAACUUUAGCGUUAUUGAAGCCUGAGUUGGAUGUUAAAAUUAUAACACUCGAUGACAAUAAAGGGACCAUUCCCACUUGGUCUAAAGAGAUUUUGGAUGACGAUAGCUCAGCCCGCUAUGUGGAUGGUAUUGGAACCCAUUGGUAUUUCGAUUUCUUGGUCGGGUCAGACGUGGUCUCGCGCUUCCAUAAAAAAUAUCCAGAUUAUUUUAUACUCCAAACGGAGUCUUGCCUUGGUGAGUCGUCGUCUCGUCUUGGAUUCACCCCUUGGGAGGUGGAGAAAGUCAUCGUCGGGUCCUGGUCGAGAGCUGAGCAAUAUCUGGAAGCUAUCAUACGCGACAUGAGAAAUUGGGUGGGAGGGUUUUUGGACUGGAACUUAGCGUUGGAUUUGGACGGCGGGCCCAACUGGGCGAAAUUGACGGCUGAUGCUGCAAUCCUUGUAAACCAUUCUCGGGAUGAAUUUUUCAAGCAACCAAUAUUUUAUGCCAUUGGCCACAUCUCCAAGUUCGUCCCCCCGGACUCUGUUCGAAUUGAUCUGUUGGUGAAAGAUGCUCCCAGAAAUCUGCUACACAUCGCCUUCCUACGUCCAGAUAAAGCCGUUGUUGUGAUUUUCUUAAACAGGCUCAAUUACGACGUCAAAAUAUCCUUGUACGACAAGGAUAGGGGAACAAUUCGUGUCAACAUUCCGGCACUUUCCUUCCAAACGCUUGUAUAUCAGUAAUAAACAAGAUAAUGAUAAAUUUUGGGGAGAUAUUCAUUACGUGCUGAUGAAAAGUGAUGAGGUUGGGGUUAGCUCUGAGUGAGUUAAACAUUGUGAGCGUAUUGAUAAAGCGAGGUAUGCAAUUAACGCGUCUCCUAAAAAAUGGUAAAAUGUCUCAUAAAUAAUAUACAAGUUGCCUACAUGCAAAACGUCUCCUAAUAUUUUUUUUUCGGUCUCAUAUAAAUCCAUAAGUAACUCCUAAAUUGUUUUAUAAAAAACUGCCUUUAUUUCAUAUAAUUAGCAGAUUUAUAGUUUUAACAAAGCCUUUUUUGAUUUAUUUUUCUUCCUUAAAGUUCAAUAUACUAUUUUUAAAAAACGUUGGUAUUUUUAACAUCAAAGUCGUAAUAUGUAGGGGCCUUAAAAGUGGAUAAGUUGUAUGCACGAGUGCCAUCCACUUGGGCAAGUACGAAAUUAGACUAAGCAUGAGACAAAAGUGGUUGUAUAUAGUGAAAAGAAUCAUUCUAAGUCCCUCGAUAAUAGUCGCGAAGGCUAUUUCUGCACUAGAGCCUCCGAAAAAAAAUCCUUUGUUGGACACCGUUAAUAUAAGAACAUUGGUUUGGAGAAUUAAAAAAUGAUAUCCCUCCAAAUUUGACUCCAUAUCAUUUGCCAGAGUGCACAAAACUGGAUAUGUUUACCUAUAGUUUGAGAGAUGGGCUUUUACAUAGAAGCCAUUAGAAAUCUCUCCAACCAAAAACCGUCUGGUAAUUCAGUUGUGGAGAUCAUGUCAGAUCGCCUUUUGUAUAUCACUAAAUAUGUACAACUAGAUAAUAUGAGCUAAAUUAUCAUGACAAAAUUUUUCAUAGAGACGAGAUGGUUUUGGGUAGUGGUCAUGGCUAGCUAUUGUCUUUUCGACUGAUGCUUUCACUGAUUACUUGGGGAGAACAAUCCUUUAUACAUCCUUUUGACACUCGACACACAUAUUUUAAAAUUUGUUCUCUUUCUGAAGAAUAUUGGUUCACAUAUCUCAACUCUUUUUGCUCCUUUAAGUAAUUCUGGGCUUCAAAUUUACUCCUUGAGCACCUCCCACUCACCAAUUUUCCUUUUCUUCCUUGGAUUAUGUUCAGAAUUCGACUCCCUGUCGGAGUCACCGGAUUCAAAUCGGAGCAGUUGGGACGUCACUUUAUUUUAAAAAGCUAAAUAGGUAAAACCUUUGGAAACAAACUGGGAGUAUUUUGGAUGCUGUUCGAUGGACUUGAUGUGUGGAAUGAAGGCAGAAAACGAUAAGAAUUGGUUUAACAUACAAAAACGUACCUACUCAAAUUAUGAGACAAAUGUAAAUACUUAGGAGACAUUUUUUUUCAUUUAGGAGACGUUUUACAUGUAGGCAACUUGUAUAUUAUUUAUGAGACAUUUUACGAAUAUUUAGGAGACGCGAAAAUUUACUUCCAUAAAGCGAUAGCAUCAAGUGUACCUCUUAGAUUUUGAAUAAUUUUGUUUUUGAAAUUUGUAUCAUGUUGAUACCCUAAAUAAUAGAGACCCAUAAUUUGUACGUACAUUUCUCUUAAAUUGAAAUUUUCAUGCGAUUAUUUUAGCGAAAUACCAAACGCAGUGUAACGCGUAAUAUUUAAUUAUGCAUGAUGAGACAAAUUGAUUGAUUGAUUGAAAUUCAGUUUCUAUCUAAAACGAAUGUGUGAUUGGAAUUGCAGAAGAAUUGUAUUGAAUUGAAACUAACAAGUAUGAGCUUUGAAAAGUGUAAUACAAAAGAUGAUAAAUUGAAAUUAUUGUCUCAAAUCGAGGAAAAAUACUUCCUGCACAUUUCCUAAAUAAAUUUCAGGAUAUACUAAAAUUAGUGUCACAGAGAGAUCUGAGAGUUACACUAAACGCCUUCGCAUUGUGAGUGACAAGAAUGCUAUCCAUGAAGAUGACGAAGGGUACACUUGGUUGUUCCAGGAAUUUCAUGGUUUAAUAUGUACCAACAAAGAAACAAAGACGAUUGUCCUUUUCAGUUUUCGGGUUCAUUAAGUACAAAAUAAUCUAACUUGUAUUUAGAAUGAUUACAAUUAGUAUGAAAAUCAAUCAGGGUAUUUUAUUGUGAUUAUUAAAAGAAUUUUAAGAUGGAUUGCGUAGAUUCAGGUUUUAAUAAGAAACGUGUUUAAAAUUGCUGUCGUGUUUGGGUAAAAAGGAUUUAACAAAUAAUAUCUAAAUGAAAAUAUGUGUUACAUCGAUAUAACAGUACAUCCUGCAUCUAUAAGUAUUAUUAACUUCAUCAUCUAAUGUCAAGAUUAUAAAUAAAUUUUAUUACUGAACUGUCACCUGA